UCCAGGGACGGCGCUCUGGCCGUGCGGAAGACUCCUCUGUGCGCUGCUCCGUCCCGCUUCCGGCUGAUCUUUUUUCCGCUUCCGGUCCGGUACUGGCGUCUUUGCUGAGGGUCACAUUGAGCUUCCAGCCACUUCAGGGGCAUCUUUAGGCCUCCACUGGGCCUGGGUGGGCUGACAGCCCCGUGUCCAGGCCCUCAGGACCUCUGCCAGAAUCCACUGUCUUUCCCGCCAGGAGUCAGCACUAUGGCAGAAGACAUCAAGACCAAAAUCAAGAACUACCAGACUGCUCCUUUUGACAGCCGCUUCCCCAACCAGAACCAGACCAGGAACUGCUGGCAGAACUACCUGGACUUCCACCGCUGUGAGAAGGCAAUGACCGCUAAAGGAGGUGACGUCUCCGUGUGCGAAUGGUACCGGCGUGUGUACAAGUCCCUCUGCCCCAUAUCCUGGGUGUCAACUUGGGACGAUCGCCGGGCAGAAGGCACAUUUCCUGGGAAGAUCUGAACUGGCUCCAUCCCACCUCCUCUGUCCUCCGUCCUUCUCCCCAGGGUGGUGAAGGGGGACCGGGGUACAUGGUGAUCCCCACCCUGGGAUCCUGAAUCAUGGUAUAACUAAUAAUAAAUGCUCGUUGGAAACGUG